CCCCCACCCGUAACGGAGUUGGCUUCGCGUGUCCAUGAAUUAACCACUGCAUAAAAGCCUCGGAUUGAAACAGAAUCUGUUGAAAACCAAAGCGAAGAACUGGAUAUUAUUUACGAAGCUGCCAUUUCGUUCCCAAUUUCUCAUGCGCUUUUCUCUCUUUCUCUCUCUCUCACACACACCCCCGCUGAGUAGCAGAAGAAGCUCAUUUCAGAAGAAAAGCGAUCAAUUUGUAGGAAUCAUUGCAAGACCAGGAACUAAUCGGCUUUUGUUGGUUGCUUGAUUUUCUCGUUGAAUGAAUCUGCAAGCGAGAAUUUUGUAGGAAGCUCAGAUUUCUUGCACGAGAGUUUAGUGGCUCAAAAUGAGUUGGAACCCACAUAUGGAAGUUCAUUAUGUGAACACCAGCUAUCCUUACAAUACAGCUGGAAGCUUUAUGGAGUACUUUGAAGGUCUUACGUAUGAACAUGUGAAUUUCAUCUUUUCUGGUGCUUCACAUGGUCAGGAAAGUGUGUACCCACCCAUGAAUACAAAUUUUUACAAGUUUGGAUUUUCUGAGCCUGGGAGCACUUCGUAUUAUGAUCAUAGUCAUGCUUAUGUGGUGAAUGAUCAUGAACCAAGAAUUGAUGAAUAUAGAAGGCCGUUUGAGAACUCUUCAACGAUGAUUAAUGAACAGACUGCUGCAUUACAUACAGAAUGGGAAGGAAAUGCAAGCACUACUACACAUGACAACCAUAUAGAAUGUCCACGGAGACAUCAAAAUUCUAAUGAUUAUCAGGUCAUUUGGCAAGACAACGUCGAUCCUGAUAACAUGACCUAUGAGGAAUUACUUGAGUUAGGCGAGGCAGUUGGAACUCAAAGUCGAGGUCUUUCUCAAGACCUGAUUUCUUUGCUUCCGACCUCAAAGUAUAAGUGUGGUUUCUUCUCAAGAAAGAAGUCACGAGAUGAGAGAUGCGUAAUUUGCCAGAUGGAAUACAAACGAGGUGACCGGCGGAUCACUCUACCAUGCAAGCAUGUGUACCAUGCUAGUUGUGGGACCAGAUGGCUUAGCAUCAAUAAGGCUUGCCCCAUAUGUUACACUGAGGUGUUUGCUGAUGCAUUAAAAACUAAGGAAUAAUCACUGACGGGCUUAAAGAAGUCACCUCCAUUUUUUUUUUCUUUGUUCCUCAGCUUCGGUAUCUUUCUUGCAUACAAAUUGUUUGUUACUUUGUUUAUGUCUUCCUACUUCCUAGUUUGCCAGAAAAAAAAAAAAAAAAAAAUCACUUUCUUUAGUAGAAGAACCAUUAUUCAGACUAUAUAGGAUUAGAUGUGUGAUAUAGACGGGAGAUUGGAUCAAGUUUGUAUGAUUCAUUUCAUUUUAUCUUGCCUACUCUUCCAACCAACAUUUUUUUUUCCUGGCUUUAUGAUAGUCUAUUCAACUUCGAAUUC